ACUCGGGUAUAAUUAUUCCGUCAGUACAAGUAGAUGAGAAGAAGGCUGAAACAAGGAAAAUCGUGUAUCCGUAUUCAUUGGUAUCGUAUCAAUCGAGGUAACAGAAAAAGACAACGCCGCCCAUGCAAUGCAAUUGAAGAAACUGUUCCAUCGGCCUGCAAAAGGGCCGCCCGUUGCUGUGGUCCCUUGCCUUGUGCGUAGGACCGGUAAAAGAUCGCAUUUGGUUAAAGAGGCGCCCGUAAGCAGGUAGCGUGGCGCAUGAAUCGAGGGACAAAAUAUGGGGCUUGGCGUCCCUCACAUUGACGAUGUUCUACUGCAACGCGCAAAUAAGCCUCAUCUGGUGGAAAUUGUAAGGGUUGGCGUGGACCAAGGGCAGAAUGGCAAAUCUACAUGUUUGCAUCUAACAACCUCGUGGGAGUGGAGAGCCACUAGGCCGAGUUAAGAUGCAAGUGGGUGGUGGCGCGCGUCUAUGGUAGUCGAAUGGCAGACAGGGAACCCGAAAGGACCCGCAGGGCAAACGGGG